CUAUCAGGCCAGCCUCUCUCUCCACCCCACCCCCUCUUUCUGGCGUCCAUCCCCUCCCGAACACCACCUCUGCUGCUGCCUCUGGCUGUGGACCUGCACCUCUUCCCCAUCCCCGCCAGACCUGCGGAGCUGAGUGAACCUGGAUGAGAGCCCCCACCCACAACCUGGGGCUCUCCCAGGCCAUGGCCCGCGUGCUCCCAGGGAGGAGCCCCGGACCCUGAACAUCUGCUAGAGGUUUGGCAGAGGCCCCGAGGGGACCGUGUCUUCUGAGGACAAAAGGCGGCGGCCAGCAGGCAGACAGGGAGGUGGGGAGGGGGUGCAGGAGAGGACUGGCAGCCAGGAGGGCAGACGGGUAGCAGGGGCCAGCGCUGGCCCCCCUCCCAGCUUGGCAGAGGCAUGAAGAUGGGGGUGGGAGUGUGUAGUGGGGGAAGCACCUGCCGGGACCCCCACCUGCCAGCUAGUUGGAUACCCCAAGGCUGUGUGCUGUCCACCUGGUGUUCCCCAACACCCUCAGCCCUGCCCAGUGCACCCCUCUGGUGCCUGCUUUCCCUGAUGCCUGCGAUUUAGACCAGCCCGGCUGUAUCCACGGCAACAGAAGCAGGAGUGUCACUGGCCGCCAGACACUGAGGGUCCCACAAUGUGACCUGGGCUGUGAUUUAUCCUGGGUGAGACAGCUUGAGCCCCCAUCCUGGAUUCCAAGAUAUUCCUGCUGAGAAAGCCCAGGUGCAGUGCAGCAGGACAACUGAUGGAGCCCCCCAGGGCCCAUCGAGUACUGGACUGGCUGACCCCAUAGGGUUAGCUGUAGCCCCUGCCCCUCAGUAUGGCCAACACCACCGGAGAGCCUGAGGAGGUGAGCGGCACACUGUCCCCACCGUCAGCAUCGGCUUAUGUGAAGCUGGUGCUGCUGGGACUGAUUAUGUGUGUGAGCCUGGCAGGCAACGCCAUCUUGUCCCUGCUGGUGCUCAAGGAGCGUGCCCUGCACAAGGCUCCUUACUACUUCUUGCUGGACCUGUGCCUGGCCGAUGGCAUUCGCUCUGCCGUCUGCUUCCCCUUUGUGCUGGCUUCUGUGCGCCACGGCUCCUCAUGGACCUUCAGUGCACUCAGCUGCAAGAUUGUGGCCUUUAUGGCUGUGCUCUUUUGCUUCCAUGCGGCCUUCAUGCUGUUCUGCAUCAGCGUCACCCGCUAUAUGGCCAUCGCCCACCACCGCUUCUACGCCAAGCGCAUGACACUCUGGACAUGCGCAGCUGUCAUCUGCAUGGCCUGGACCCUGUCUGUAGCCAUGGCCUUCCCACCUGUCUUCGACGUGGGCACCUACAAGUUUAUCCGGGAGGAGGACCAGUGCAUCUUUGAGCAUCGCUAUUUCAAAGCCAAUGACACGCUGGGCUUCAUGCUUAUGUUGGCUGUGCUCAUGGCAGCCACACAUGCUGUCUAUGGCAAGCUGCUCCUCUUCGAGUAUCGUCACCGCAAGAUGAAGCCAGUGCAGAUGGUACCAGCCAUCAGCCAGAACUGGACAUUCCAUGGCCCUGGGGCUACCGGCCAGGCUGCUGCCAACUGGAUCGCUGGCUUUGGCCGUGGGCCCAUGCCACCAACCCUUCUGGGUAUCCGGCAAAAUGGGCAUGCAGCCAGCCGGCGGCUACUGGGCAUGGACGAGGUCAAGGGUGAAAAGCAGCUGGGCCGCAUGUUCUACGCGAUCACACUGCUCUUCCUGCUCCUCUGGUCACCUUAUAUUGUGGCCUGCUACUGGCGAGUGUUUGUGAAAGCCUGCGCUGUGCCCCACCGCUACCUGGCCACUGCUGUUUGGAUGAGCUUCGCCCAGGCUGCCGUCAACCCGAUCGUCUGCUUCCUGCUCAACAAGGACCUCAAGAAGUGCCUGAGGACUCACGCCCCCUGCUGGGGCACAGGAGGUGCCCCGGCUCCCAGAGAACCCUACUGUGUCAUGUGAAGCAGGCUGGUAGGCAGACAGGCAGGGAGAAGGCCAUGGCCACCAUGAUGGAGCCAACAGCAAGGGAGGAGUGAGGCCCCUACAGGAGCCUUCCUUUCUGAGCUCCAGCCCCAGCCCCCUCGAACCACCCGUAAUCUAGGCACCUUUGCCAACAUCUCCCCAGAGUGAAGGACUGGGCAGGGGACUUGGAAAGAGGCAUAUUUAGUUUUGUGGGGCCUGUCUCCACUGCCUCCUUCUCUACUUCUACAAUCUCUCUCUCUAUCUCUCUCUCUCUCUCUCUCUCUCUCUCUCUCUCUCUCUCUCAACAAUUCAGAAAAACAGAACAAAACUGAGAAUGCAGGUUUUUCUACUAACAACUGAGGAGACAGGCUUUCUUGCUUUAAUGUCUCUCCUUCUGAUGUUGUCCAGAAGGGGGAAUUUUGUCCUGUAAAAUAGACUUCCAGAGCUCUUAUUGCCCCCUCUGUUCCCAUGCACCCUCUCCUUCUAAGUCCUUUAGCAAUGCCUGGAUGUUUAGGAAGAAAUUGAUCCAAGGCUGCUGGCGAGAGGAACCAAAGGGGGUGCUGGGUCCCCAGGAAGCAGAAAUGUUUAAUUGCUAUAUUGUGUGCAAUGCUGUUUUAGGCCAACCCAGGCCCCAAGCCCAGUCUCUUCUCCCUCCCCACCAUGUCCAGACCUCCCAAGUGGUUUUGCACACCUGUUGGAGAAGCCAAGAAAGUAGGGAGAAGGGCCCCCAGGGUGGGCUGAGGCUAGCUGAAGAGCAGAAUGUGAGCUGAACGCCUCAAGCUGAAGAGACCCAAGCUUGGUUGCCUUCUCUUGUGCUGCCUUCUGGAUCCCCUACCUCCAACUCUUUUUCCUGAGGAUGGAAAUCCACUCCAGCACCACUAGGGCUGAUGUGGGUGCCAUACAGGCAGGAACGGCCUCCCAGGGGAGUGUAGGGAGGGAGCCAAACUCCCCAGAGUAGCUGGACCACAGAGCCUUGGGUUCACACUACUCUUCUGAAGAAGAAAAUUCCUUUUGGGCCUGGGUAACUGUUAGUCGUAUAAACUCCAAGGCACUGUGGACUUGAGUCCAUUCCUAUCUGACCUCUUUUUGACUCCUUCAAGCCUCAGGAGCCUCAAGCCCCUACUUGGAAGCCCUUGGCCUUCUGGGUCUUCAGCCGCAAACAUCCUUUUUCCCAACAGCCCUUCUGCCCCUUCCUCCCUCCACCCUUACCUACACCCAAAGUGGAGCAGACCGAAACCAGAUUCUCCAGGUGGGAGAUCCCAAGCCUCCCUUCCAGGGGCAGAGUCCACUCUAGGCUUACUUUAAGGCCAGUUCUGUGGAUGGGUGAGCCAAGCUGGCACUCCUUUGCCUGGCCCUGCCCAGGCUCUCUGCCUCCCUCUCAUUUCCUGGGCGGGAGGGGGGGAGUGGGCAUCUGUAUUUAUCCACCCCCCUUUCCCUUCUCAAUAGAAGCCCCUGUCCUAAGCUCCCUCUCGACCCCAAGACAGCCCCAGAACUGGGGAAGCCUGACCCAAAAGGAAUGGGGAGGGCACUCUAGGCAGGAGAGACAUUAAUGAGCCUGGCUGUGGAGUGGCCCUGGAAAGGCAGGCCAGAGUGGCUGAGAGGCAGGAGUGGGGGAGCCUGUUCUCUCGGUGAUAGUGAUGGGGGUGCCUUUCCAAGGGGUUGGGGUGGGAAGACCAAAGGGGUAGGGGGUAGAUAGGGUACAUUUAGGAGGGUUUUCCUCCAUUUCUUUUUUCUAACUGCCUGGAUUCACCAUUGGAUUUUGUAAAUGGAAAAACUGAAAUGAACAAUGCUAUAUUG